AGCUAACAUCACCCGACUUUUACUUGGAAGAUGAACUUCCUGUUUGCUUGCAAAUUUCAUUCGUUAUCCCCACCUAUAAGUUGGUGAUCAUUUGCACUGCUCAGACAGUCUUACACUAACAUUGUGCAAAGACGGACUGGUGAAAAACGAUCAACUAUAUCACAAGCUUCGAGGAAGUAAUUUGAAGAAACAACGGUGUGUAGUUUGAAGUCCGAAAUCAAGACGAACAGAGAUUCAACAUGCUUCUCCUCAAAGCAUUUCUUUUGCUAACCGUUUUGAUACCAAUGAUAACAUCAACGACAGAUGUUGAAACUCGGAAGAAACGAUCAAUUAAUUCCCACGCCGUUGAAGGUUGCUACUCCUUAUUUCCAGCCGCAAAUCUGAAAAGACAGAUGAGGGGUCACAACUCCAAUGUAAUGUGUCAAGAAACAUGCAGAGGAAAGGGUUACAUUUUGGCGGCGACGAAAGGGGACCAAUGUCACUGUGGAAAUGUCUAUCCCAGGGGAAAUUAAGUGAACGACAGUCAAUGCACCAGCAGAUGUCGAUCGUGGUCGUCCUGUCAUGGACCUCAAAGCUGCUGCGGUGGACCCAGUGCUUAUUCUGUGAGCGUCGUUGGCAACAUUGAUGUCGCGAAACAAGUACUUCGUAGACUAAGUCACGAAUGGAAGACAAAUACCGGAUUCCGGAAUUACAUGAAAACGCUUGUUAGAAAACCGACUACAGGAGAUCACGAGGAGAACUGGAUAUCGUUUAACCGUCGAGGUUGGUCACUGUGUGGGCGUGGCAGGUACAUGGCGGGAUUAUACAGGCACAGCAGAAGGAGCAGUGAUUACAUUUAUCUCAUUGAGAAAGCAUAUUGUGUCGAUGCGCCUGGCUACCUGUAUUCUGCAAAAAGGGAUCAGUAUUGUUACGACCACAACUGGUGGAAAAGUUUCAACAAGAAAGGUUGGUCUACGUGCAGUAACGGUUACUACAUGACCGGACUCUGGCGAAAUUCGGGAAAUAAACUAUACCACAUCGAAGAAGCCAAAUGCUGCCGACCGAAGUCCCAGGUUACACGAUGGGGACGAUGUUACAAUCACAAUGCCUGGGAAUCAUUCAAUCGCAAAGGAUGGACUAAAUGUAAACCUGGAUUCUACAUGGUGGGGUUGUACAGAAACUCAUGUAACAAAUUAUACUGCUUGGAAGAGUUUAAAUGCUGCAAGAUGGGAGCUUACAAUGGAAACUCGUGGGUAGAAAGACCGGAUCUUGUGAUAAAAGUUAAAGAUCAAGGACAGCUCAAGCAGUGCUCAAUGAAUGCGAUGGAUAAAUCUGCUGAUAGCAACACAUACAAAUGCAGUGCCAUCUCCGAUCGCUCCAACAUGUUGGCAAUUAAUGCAUUGAAAUUCAACAUCGAAGACAAAUCGCCACUGAACGUCGCCAAACCUGAACCUGUCCGAGGUUUUCGUCCUGUCAUAUGCUCCGCUUAUUCCAAUCCAUACAAGUGCACCAAAUCGCUCACGGCAUCUGUAUCAACUUCAUCCACCUUCAAGGUCGGCUCAGGAUUCUCUGUGGCGGUGACAACAUUGGCGUCUGCGCAAGUCGGUGCACCUAAGAUUGGUAUCGGGGGCUCCUUCGGAUUUGAAGUUACGAAAACAAAAUAUUUUAACGCCGAAUCCACUAAUACAACAACGCACACGACAACGGAUUUGACGGAUGUUUCCAUUGAAGUACCGAAAAACACUGAAAUCACCAUCAACCUUCUGAGAACUGUCCAGGACUUGGAGUACAAGUGGAAAGCAAUUUUUCAGUUUUCGGGAAAAUACUCUGCGAAAUGGAGCAAUGAUCAGGAAAUUUUCCAAGAUGUGACGACUGUGCUGUCUGGGUCGAAGAGAGAAAUGUACGCAUUUGGUAGUUGGCGUUACCCAGAUACAGAUGUCUUGAGAGUGGUGAUCACUGACAAGUAUGGGAAUAUGAAAUCUGAGGGAUGUGAGCAUGAGACAGGAAAAGGAAAGAUUUGUGAUAUGUGAAGAAGACCACGUACUUGAUGUUUUUGCCAACUUUAUAUAAUUAUAAUCUUCAGAAAACUAGCUAACUAUUCAGUAUUUUUUGUGGCUGUUUUGAUCAGCCAAUGUCUUCGCUAAGUGAGCAAACAUAUAGUCGAUUGCUUAUAGAAAGAGAAAAUUAUAAAUGGGACAAUCAGUUUCAAUACAUUUAAACUAAAAUCAGGGAUUGUAGCUAAAUAACAAGUUCAUCUUUAUUAAUAAAUGUUAAUGUUUCCUGCA